CGCCUUCGCCGCGAAAGAUCGAAGUUUCUCCAGUCACACAGGCAUCAAUAUUCAAUCUGCGCCGGCAUUGUACAUUUGUAGGAUUAACACUUCCACGAAGCUUUCCCUUUGGUCCUCGAACUCGUCACGAUGGCUCUUCCUCCGGCACUACUUAAUGCUCUGGAUACCCUCAAGGACCAGGCAAAGGAUGCGCUAUGGGCUCUCUCAUCCUGCAUGUGCCAGCAAUCUGCCAAGGUUAAGAUCAAUGGGCGGUCAUUCAAUAUUAUCAAGGUGCUAGGAGAGGGUGGAUUCUCGUUUGUAUACCUUGCUCAGGAUGAGUCAAGCGGCAGGCAAUUUGCGCUUAAGAAAAUAAGGUGUCCGACGGGAUCUGACGCGGUGAAAGAGGCUAUGCGUGAAGUGGAGGCUUACAGACGGUUCAAACACCCAAAUAUUAUUCGCAUCCUGGACUCUGCAGUCGUGCAAGAUCCCGAAGGCGAUGGGAAAAUUGUCUACUUGUUCCUUCCACUCUACAAGCGAGGAAACCUACAAGAUGCAAUCAAUGCCAAUGUCGUGAAUGGCAGUCAUUUUCCCGAACAAGACAUGGUCCGCUUAUUCAAGGGAACUUGUGAAGCCUUGCGCGCCCUGCACAACUACCAGACCACUGUCGGUGCUCAGGCAGCAUCAAAACAGAACACCCAGCCGCAGCCUUCCUCGUCACGCCAGACUGCAUCGCCUGCACGCCAUUCGGAUGAUGAAGAUGAGAUGUUCCCGCACCCUGAGGGUGACGGUGAGGGUGGAUUCUCGUACGGAUCUUCCGUGAACGUACCUCUCAUGUCAAAGCACCGAGUGGAGGAUGAGGGUGAUGCUAUCUUUGAGGGCGAUGAAGAGGUAUCACGUAUUGAGCAUGCUCAGAACGGGAAUGAGAAUGUUGGUCAGAAGCAGCAUGUACCAUAUGCCCACAGGGACCUAAAACCAGGAAAUGUGAUGAUUUCGGAUGACGGGAUCACUCCGAUAUUGAUGGACUUCGGGAGUUGCAUGAAAGCACGGGUACGGAUUGAAAACAGAUCACAGGCUUUACUCCAGCAGGAUAUCGCCGCCGAGCAAAGUACCAUGGCCUACAGGGCCCCCGAAUUGUUUGACGUCAAGACUGGCGUAACGCUAGACGAAAAGGUUGACAUUUGGUCACUUGGAUGCACCUUGUUUGCUCUCGCUUAUUCGCAUUCUCCAUUUGAGAACAUGCAAACUACUGAACAAGGAGGGUCGAUUGCCAUGGCUGUUCUCAACGCAAAAUAUAAGCAUCCUCAAUCUGCUUACUCGCAAGGGCUUCGUGACUUGAUAGACAGCAUGCUGAAGGUGGACCCUAAGGACCGACCGGAUAUCCAUCAGGUUCUUGACAUGACCGACAAGGUACUGCAAACUUUGGCGUAAGCGAGGACAGAUGCAGGGACUAUCUAGUUGGGACAUUCAGACGUAUUUAUGUGUUACCCCUCUCCUUCUGUAUUGUCAUAGGGCCAUUUCGGAAUGACACAAUAGACUAAUCCUACAUAGGAAUAACGGAAAAGUUGAUCUACGUGCUGGACUUCAGCUUCAUCUUGAACUUCUUUGAUGAGGUAGGCGUCCUUUUGGCGAGGACCUUUGAAACAUUGGCAGGCUUCUUAACCAAUUCUGACUUUGCUUUGGGCUGUUUUGACGGUUUUGUUGGCGACUUUGAGUCUGAUUUGACGUCUUCGACCUUCACAGUCGUCCGAGGCCUUUUCUUCGCGGACGUCGUUUUGUCUCGUGCAGAAGCAUCCUUCACUGACUUUACCUUUGAUUUGGUGGUUUGAGAUGACUCUGCUGGUUCAAUGGGUUCGUCUGCCAAAGGCGUGUCAAGUUUUGUGUUCUUCCCGCUUUCUUCCUGUUUCUUGAGUGCGGAACGGGGCUUCUCAUCGCCCUUAUCGGAGUGACUCGAUGCACUACCCUUAGCUUCUCGCUUGGCCAUCGCCUUAGUUUUGAGCCUUUGGUGAAGUUUCCGUUUCUCCAAGACGGCCUCCCGCUUGGCAAUACGUUUGAGAGCCCGUUUCGAUAGCUUCUCCGGAGUAGUUGCUUCAAUGGCUUGUCCUCUUUCAAACUCUUGUACGUGUACAAGGUCCCAAGCAUCGCUCUGAGGGUCUACCUUGGUAGCCUCUUGUUUGAACUUUUCGAAACGCUUCUUAUGAAUUCUUGAAUCCUUGUGAACAUUGAUCAUUUGUACAUUUUUAAUUUGUUUGCCCUUGCAGAGGAUGCAUGCACGGAGCUCAGGAUCUAAAGAAAUGACAUAGAUAGGAUCCUUGAGGGCCUCCUCGACGGAUAUUGGCGGUUCGUCAUCAGCAUCAUCCUCAGCAAUCUCGCCAUCAGCAUCGUCGCUGGGAGGGUCUCCUUCUGACGCAUCUUCGUCUGCAUUUUCCUCCUCCGAGUCCUUCUCAUCAGAGUCAGAGUCCGUUUCGUCUGAGUCGGUAUCUUGAACACCAAGGACUUCCUUCAUCUCCUCGUCGAGGCCGAGAUCUUCUUCUUCUUCCUUUCUCUUCCUCUUCCGCUCUACUCUCUUGAACAUGAUGAGAGGCUGUAGCUUGUCUGGGACUCGAUCAAGGGAAGGUAGGGUCGCG